UUUUCUAGGCGCAUCAUAUUUACCAUUUCAUCGUGGAGAUUGAAUGCAACACCGAAAGGGGGGGUUUCACCAGUUAAAUCCCUCCCCGGACAAACACGCACGCACCUUCUGCUUGUAAACAGAAGCUCACACGUGACACCGAGAGCCGAUGUGCGUCGCGCGACGGCAUUGUCUGAGAGCGGACAAAGAGCUGCACAUUCAGACAGCGCGAGCAUCGGGCAGGUGAGCGGCCAGGUGUCAUGGCAACGGACAUUAGCUGCCGCAAUAUGAAGCCGACCUCUCUCCUUCGAUUAGACCGCGGUGUCCGAGUGCGUUUGGCCGCUUGAACUUCUUCAUGUCGGAAUCCCAAAUCCGACCAUUUGGAGGAGGGACAACGACGUUGGCUGCGUUUUCGGCCGCUCACACGCAAUAGACAGCGGGUUAACAAAGCAAGAAAACCUUUGUGUCAUCUCCUAAUCUAGCUCGUCGGUUUGUUCGCUGUAGCUCCGCCAAAUCUUACUUUAUGUUUUUUUAAAUGUGGGGUGUGCUGUCGGUGGCUACGAGUAGCAUUUAGCCUCGACAUCAGGGAAGAUUUUUUUUUCUGGCUAACGUUUAUCUAAGUGUCUUUUUUUACUGGCUGGAUGAGAUGUCAUUCAUCAUGGAGGAUAACUUGGAGUCCGGAUGGGUGUCUGUCCGGCCCAAAGUCUUCGACGAAAAAGAGAGACAUAAAUUUGUUUUCAUUGUGGCCUGGAACGACGUCGAGGGAAAGUUCGCCAUAACCUGCCACAACAGAACCGUGCAGAGACGGAGCACUUUACUGGACGUCGACUGUAGCCCAAACGCUGGGCUUCCUGCCACCGGUGCCUGCGUGGCUGAAAAACACACAAAAAGUCCCGUCACGGCGAAGAAAGAUGGAGUCUGCCAAGUGGGUAAAGUUAGACCGCACUCUGUCCCCAAAGGGAAAGCCGCAACAAAUGCUAACGCAGACAGGAAGACUUUAAAAGCCGGUAGUUCAAAGUCAUAUGAGUGCGUAAGUCACACUUUAGGGUCAUGGGACGUUGUGACACCCAAGAUAACGGAUAUGGAGAUCCUGGAGCCAGUGGAUGUCAUGCUGUCUCCGGAUGAUGCAGACCCAGGUGACAUCGAGGCCAGUAACCGCGAAGACUUCAGCUGGGCUGGACUGUUCUCCUUCCAGGAACUGAGAGCAGCCCACCUCCAGCUAUGCGCCGUCAACUCGGACCUAGAGCCUUGUUUGCCCUCUUUUCCAGAGGAGCAGUCCGGCGUGUGGACUGUCCUUUUCGGUCCGCCCGGGAUGUCACAGCGGGAGACGGACGCCCUGUGCUAUCAGUUGCAGGUGUACCUGGGUCAUGCCUUGGACACCUGCGGCUGGAAGAUCCUCUCACAGGUGCUUUUCUCAGAGAGCGACGACACCGAGGAGUACUACGAGAGCCUGAGUGAGCUGAGGCAGAAAGGUUAUGAAGAUGCUCUGGAGAGGGCCAAAAGACGCAUGCAAGAGGUUCUGGAUAAACACAAAGCGAUGGACAGCAUGGUGGAGCUGCUGCAGGUGUACCCGGAGGAGGACGAAGCGUAUGGAGAGCUGCUGGAAGCCACAACUCAGCUCUAUCACUACCUGCUUCAGCCCUUCAGGGACAUGAGGGAACUGGCAAUGCUGCGCCGACAGCAGAUUAAGAUUUCUCUGGAGACUGAGCGACUCGGCCCUCGUCGUGUGGAGAGCCUGAGAAAAGAGGACGAGGAGUGGCAGAAGAAGGCUCACGCCGCAGUGCUUUCUAUUCAAGACCUGACUGUCAAGUUCUUUGAAACCACAACUCGAGCUCAGAAAGCUCUAUACGAGAGGAUGCGAGCUGACCAGAGAAAGUUUGGAAAGUCAGCGUGGACAGCGGCGGUUGAACGCAUGGAGCGGCUGCAGUUUGCCGUUUCCAAAGAAACUCUGCAGCUCAUGAGGGCCAAAGAAAUCUGCCUGGAACAGAGGAAAUAUGGCUUGAAGGAGGAGAUGCAGAGUCUACAGGGUGGGGAGGAUGCCAUGCUUCGCCUGGACCAGCUGGAGGCGCUGUACUAUGAGUUACAGCUGCAGCUGUAUGACAUUCAGGCCGAGGUGCUGCGCUGCGAGGAGCUGCUGCUCACUGCCCAGCUGCAGAGUCUGCGCAGGCAGAUGACAGAGCGACAGGAUGAGGUGGUGUACUACGAUACCUUUGAGAGUCCUGAUGCCAUGAAGGGUGUAGAAGACCCCACGACCCCACCGUCACCCCUCAGAGAAGAUGAACUCUGCGUCCUGCAGCAGAGGACCCGGCAGCUCGAGGCCCGCAGGGGCCGCAUCACUGCCAAGAAAGUCUACCUCAAAAAUAAGAAGGAAAUCUGCAUCAUCAAUCACAACCAGAAGAUACAACAGCGCCAAGGUAGCCAUACUGACAGCAAAUCCCUGCAGGAGCUGCUGCAGCAGGGAGAUGAAGAUGAUGAAGCUAAGCGAAAUGCCAGAGUGAGUCAGGAGAGGCAGAGGACACUUGACAGGCUUCGCAGCCUCAAACAGAGGUAUCCAGGCCAGGUGACUCUGAAGUCAAGCCGCCUGCGCCUGAGUCAGACUCACAGUCGAAGGCGUGCUGGGCAGCAGCCCAGCACCCAGGCUGCCGGCGUUCAGACCGACUGCAUCUCAGAUCUCCCAGAACUCUCUGCUCCUCUCCCACCGGACGCAUGCGGCUGUGACAGCGUCUCUUUACCUGUGGUCGACCUCCAAGGCCUCACUCCUUCGCCUCCCUUCCUCUCGCUGCCCCUCUCUCAGCCACGCCGUCAACUUUUCACUGGGUCCCCUCCCCCGCCUCCGCCACCUCCUCCUCCUCCCCCGCCUCCUCCACCACUUCCCACCUCAGAGGACGACCAGCAGAAGAACCUCACAGCCGUCCCGCUGCAACACCAGAAAGGCGAGUCUGACUCCACCUCGCUCCCGCUGGCUCCAUUUUCCCCUCGAUUCUUUGACAGCAGCCAGCUGUUAACGGCAAGAAAGAAGCUGCGGAAGACGGCUUCUCUGGACUCGACACAGUGGAGGAGAGCGAGCUCUCCCAUGGAUGAGGUACUGGCCUCCCUCAAGCGAGGCAGUUUCCACCUGAGGAAGGCUGAGCUGCGGGUCUUGGGCCCGGAUCCGGAUGACGACAGCAACAAUAUCCUGGCUCAGAUCCGACAGGGCGUCCGGCUUAGGAAGGUACGGACCAGACCGGAGCAGCAGCGUCAUCCCAAAAGUUUCCCCCACUCGGCCGACGCUCUGACCCGCAGCAUUCACGAGGCUCUGAGGAGAAUCAAGGAGGCCUCUCCUGAGUCAGAGUCAGAGGAUGAAGGUCUUCCCUGCACUGACUGGGAAAACUAAUGCGGUUCAUCAAAGCAAUCUUUUAACCCCCCACCUUUCUGUUUUUUUAACACAAAGAGUUUAAACAAAGUGAAACCAAGUUAAGCAGGCAAGCCAGGGUUAAGUCACCUGGAGAUUUCUUGGUGCAAUUUGAACAAAAACCCUUGAUUUUUCUUUUUUUAAUAUAUAUUAGAGGAUUUUUUUCAUACUCAUGUAUGCCGUUUGUAAAGAUGGACCACUAAUCUUUUUUUUAUGUCAUUGCUGUGGCUCUCUGGGCGAGGAUACAACCUCUGACCUCUCAUCACGUCCGAGUCGUACUGUAGCUUGUUGUGACGGGUUUGUUUGAGGACACGAAUUUUGCUCACAGUGAUGGUAAACCUUCAGUCUGAGCGUUUACAUUUUACUACAAAACAAGCAUUUGUACUGUACAUCUUAACAAGUUUAAAGGAAUAGUUGGACUGAGUCCAUACGAGAGUGGUAUUAACAUUCAUAUUUACAAAAUCGCCAAACUUUGACUUUGAGAUGAUGUUUUGUGUAAUCACCCACGCAGUUUGUCAGAAUCAAUUUGAACGUCCAGCAUCUGUUUUGGGGUUUAAAACUGUGAGAGCAGUACAAAGUGCCCCCAAAUACUCCGAGGGCUGUUAGAAAAUAAUCCAGUCAUCUUGCAAAUGUGUAAAAUCUGUGUUUACCUGCACCUCACACAGGAUGAGACAGCUCGGCUGGUCAUCAAAGACAAAUGCAAACUUGUAGAUUUGCUGCUUUUCAGCUCUAAAUAUGUGUGAGAAUAACAGACCUGGGGCCAGAUUUACUCGAUGUGAUGCUACUAAUGCAAGAAUGUGCUGAUAAUGCUCAUAAUGUGCACAUCUACACACUUGUACGCAUGUAGAGUUCAACCAUCGCAGUCUCCUGAGGGCAGUUUAAACGAGUGGGUCAAAAACAUGCGGACGAGGAAGCAAGUAAUCCAGCAAGUGUAGGUUUUCACUCUAAAACAGCAUGGUAAUACAAAUCAAGGACGAGCAGCUGAAGGAGAAUCAAUAUGUUUUGAGACAAAGCCGAACUCUUCUGUUAGAACUCGAUGAAGUCUGCGUGGGAUCUUGGAGUUUGGGACAGCUGUUCUUGGGAUAAUGGUCUGAGGCAGAGUGCAGGACCAGAGUAAGGCCAACCCCAAACCAUCUGCCUGUUAGCGAAUUUACUGUAACUGUAAAUGUGCUCAUCACUCUGUUUCACUCCUGCAUGCUGCGUGAGGCUGCUCUUAUUCAGGACAAAGACUCAAAAAGGUUCAAUAAAAUGAUAAAUUCAACUCAAAAAUGCCUGAACUUAAACAGCGUAUUAGGGUCAUGGUGGUUCAUAUAUUUACACAGACAUGUGGUACAUUUAUUAGAAAAAAGUGUCAAAUGUACGAGGGAAAAAAAAUGUACAUAUUUACGACAAUAAAACUCGGAAAAAGGAAUCUGUCGUUUCACAUUUCCAGAUUAAGUUAGAAGAAAUUCAGAUAUGUGAACUCCUGGGACUAAUAAGCCAUACAAAUAUGUUAUUAGAACACCAACAAUGCCUUUUUCAAGCAUGCCAAACCAACUCCAUGCAUUUAAAAGUCAUACUGGUCAGCACUGGUAUCUGUGUGCAGCUGGCUGUGGAAUCAUAAUAGUAGCACACUUACAUAUGGUUUGAUUAACAGGAUAUGUAUGUAUUAUACGUUUCGGCAUUACACUUUGCAGACGGUCCCUGUGUUGUUAGUCCAGGUCAGAGCAUGACUUGCGUGUCUUUUUAUGAACAUGCUGGAAAAAAGGUGUUGUUGUUCUAAUGAGUUAUUGAUCCCAGAAGAUCAGCUGAACCUUGGAAAUUAAAGCGAUGCUUUUUGACUGAAACAAAAGCCACAAUUUUUCGAGUUUUUCUCUUAAAUGUGUCGCUUUUUUCCUCCUUUGCACUCUGAACUGAAAAAUCGAUCUAAUACAUAAACGAUAAAGCCAGCCACAAAGAAAACCCGCCGGCGACUUUUAGCUUGGUGCUGAUGUAGACCCGUAGCACAUCUGGCCCCUGGUGUUCCCGUCAUAGUUGCACUGUAACACUGUAAUCAUCAGCACACAAAGAGCUGUGGUUUUACAUAACAAGCUUUAUCUGUUGUUGUGCAUCCGCCACUUCUUUUAUAAGGAUGCCGUUAACACCAGGUCAGUAUUUUGACAGAUGUAUGCCUGUAUGACAUUUCUAUUUUAGCUCCAUUUGAAGUAUAAAUGAUUUCUUGAAUGUAGCUUUUCUGUGUUUGGAAGAGUUUACUGUCCACCUUACAGAUGGAAAUAAUGUUGGGACCAGAUUCCCUUUCAUUUAUUACUUUGAUCUUGAUUGCCAUCAUUGGCAAAUAGCAGAGCCAAAAAGCAAACAAAAGUAGAUAUGAAUCACUAUAAUGGAGCUCGGCUCUUUAGAUAAGGAUCCACAGAUUGUUAUCGGUCUAGAAUUUCACAUUCUCUAAAAUAAGAGUUUGACUGACAUUUUUUUCCUGUUUAUUUCUGCUUUUGUGCUAGCAAACAAAUGCAUCUUAAUUCUAAAAUAUAACUGCCUUUUAAUCUCUUUAUCGUGCUAUUUUUUUUUUUUAAAGAAUUCAACAGUGCAAAAUUGAUCUGGCAAAACAGAAAAUAUUGAUCACUAAUAUCGGUAAAAUCGUUUUUUGCUUCUUUUUUUUUUUUUUUAGUUUUUUUUGGGUAGCGUCAGUCAAGAGGGGGCGAUAUCAGCUGGUAGUGUAAUGAUAUUUGGCCGAUAUGUUUAAAUUUUAGAGUUUUGGUUUUUUUGGUUUUUCUUUUACUAUUAUCUCCACACAAUGAAAAUAACCAGCUUAUUAUUUUGUAAUAAUUCAGAUGCUUUACACGGUGUGGCAGGGAUUCCUAGAGGAGCUUUAGGAGUAUGUGUGACGUUUCUAUUUAUUGUGCUGCGCUCAUUUGUUGUUUUUACAGUCAGUUUCCUCACCUGAGAGAUGCUCUCUCUUUCCACUGCCUCCUUUUAUGAAAGACGUUUUCCGAGCUUGCUUCCUUACCUUAUUUACUGGAGUUGUUGAUUGUGUUGAUAUGUGUGUGUUUGUGUGUGUGUGUGGGGGGGGGGUGUUGUUGUUUUGGUUUGGUUUUUAAUAUCUGUUGAGAAAACUUGCUUUUAACUGAAAAACUAAUCCCACAUUUUCCUGUUUGAUAAGUCAUGCACUGAGUGAGCAACAUGGCUUAUAUAUAUAUAUAUAAAUGUAUGUCUUCUUUUUUCUUCCCACAUAUGCUGACAUUGCACUGAUAACAUCAGUGCUGCUGUGUUUGAAUGAUCACCAGCUUAGCUUAGCAUAAAGACUGAAAACAGAGCUAGCUUCUCUGUUUAAAAGUGAUACUUAAUGAGUUUUAGAGGUUAGUUUUGUUUGGGUUUUGUUUUAUGAUGCAGCUAUGUCAAAGCGGGACUGUUACUUGGCUGAUUUUAAACAGACCAUCAAAUUCUGACAAACCUGAAUUUGGCCUUGUUUAAAGUAAUAAAUAACUACACAUAGCAAAUGCUAGGGAAGUGUGUUUAUGUUUCAUGUGUCUGAAUAUUGGAUUUUUUAAAAUCAAAUAUCUUUAUCUGUAUCGCUCCUAAAAUUCCUGUGAGGCUGUGUUCCAGUCUUUAUGCUAAGCUAAGCUAACUGUAGCAUUAUGUUUUCUGCAUACUGUAUAACAGGAAGACAAAUAGUCGACUGUCAGAGUAAAAGACUGCUGCUAAGUGUUAAAGUCAUCAUGAAUAAUUUGCACGCAGUUCCUCUUCAUCCAUUUAGAUUUUUAAAUAUCUGUAUGAGUGUAAACCUUUGGCAGCAGAUGAUCUGACUUUCUCCUUAUUUCUUUUUUUUUUUAACUUUUACAUUUUUUUUUAAAGUUUUUUUUUUAAAACCAUUUUAACUCUGGUAGAUUUCAAAUUCGACCCUGAACUCUUUGCCAGUUUGACCUUUACGACCUUAUGCAUGUGACUGGUUUGAUGACAAACCAGUUACAACGUAAGUGCAAUAACGAAGAUUUGGGGGGGGCUUUUAAGAAUGAUACUGUAAUGAAAUGUAAAUCAUGAAAAAUAUAUCCGCAUGCCUAAAUGUAUUGAAGUAUUUAUUGAAACUUCAUAUUUUAAAGAAUUUUUAAAGCGUACAAAUGUAAA